CUUAACAAAAUGUUUCGCUUACUGGUUCUAAUUUGUUGUCUACAAUUGUGGAAUUGUCAAGAGACACCUGGGAAAUAUGUCGCUGUCACUUUUGGCAAGGUCAAUUGGUUUGUGGCACAUGAAAAAUGCAAUCGGUCUGGCAUGAUUCUAGCCACAGUUAACACUUACGAUCAGCAUUUGCAGGUGAUUAGCAGUAUACUUAAAAAUGGCCAUUUGUUGGGCAUUGAAAAUUUUUGGCUUGGCGCCAGCAAUUUGAAGGAUCUGAAUACAUGGACUUGGCAAAGCAUUGGCACACCGUUGGGCUAUAAGAACUGGUCCAAGGAUGAGCCGCAGUCGAAUUUGAUUGGACAAAAUGGCUGCAUGAUUAUGGGCAUGGACGAGUCCUGGUACAGUGUGGACUGCAACAGUAAAUACUAUUUCAUAUGCGAACGAACGUCCAUCUUAAAAAAGUCUUCGGAACCAAUGUACCUAUAAAUCGAUUACAAAUAAAUUCUGAUCAAAUUUGAUAUUAA